AUGAGAGCUCCAUACCAAAGUUCGGAGCCACAUUCCACGAUUGCUGCCAACUCGGUCGGCUUCUAUCAGAUCAGUCGGCUGGCGAUCAUUCCCCUGACAUGUAUGUUCGAGUCCCCGCUACACAGAAAGACCUACUCGCCCCCCACGCUGGCAGCGGUGCUGGUGGUGCUGGUGGGAGUGGGUGUGUGCACGGUCACUGACGUCUCUGUCAGCGCGUUCGGACUCGUCACCGCUGCUGCCGGUGCUGUCUCAACAUCUCUGCAGCAGAUUUCAGUAGGCGAGUUACAGCAGCGCUAUGCCCUGGGAUCCUUUGACCUGCUCAUUCAGACUGCUCCCCUGCAAGCAGCGUCGCUGCUGCUGCUGGGACCCGUUGUGGACUUGCUCCUCACAGGCCAGAGCAUCAUUCACUACACCUGGACUGCCAAUGCGAUGGCGUGGAUCCUCCUCUCCUGCAUCCUCGCCCUCCUCACCACUGUCAGCGUCUACCUCUGCAUUGGAAAGUUCUCUGCAGUUUCCUUCCAGGUCCUGGGCCACAUGAAGACCGUCGCCAUACUGCUACUAGGCUGGGCAGUCUUUAAAGACCCCCUUACUCUUAAGACGCUCUUAGGGAUGCUCCUGGCUGUGACAGGGAUGGUGCUGUAUAGCUGGGCCGUGGAGAGGGAGAGGCGGUCGAGGGAAGGUGAGGGGAGGGAUGAGGAGGAGGGUGAUGCGGCAGCAGGUGAAGGGGUGGCAGCAGAGGCAGCAAGAAGUGGGGCAGCACCUGGGGCUGUGGAUGGGGGUGUAGCUACACUUGAAUUAAAUGAGACCACACCACUCUUACAAGCAGGACAGGGUAAUGGUUAUGGAUCUGGUGUGAAUAGUGUUACUGUGAAAAGUGGUGGAAGCAAUGCAACAAGCGUAGGAUGA